AGAGACGUCGCGCGUCUGCAUGGCUUAACUUAACCUAACUUGUUAGUUUACAUCAAGACAUAGUGUAAAAAUAUUGUUUACAUGACGACUGUUAAAUAUAAGAGAGUAAUUUUUUGAUGAUCACGAAUUUAUAAAUAUUAUUUUAAAUCGAGUUCAAUUACCAAAGGGAUCACAACUGUUGUAUUUUGUCUUAGAAAUCAUGGAUGCUCCGAGUUCAGCAAUGGACAGCCUAAGUGUUGCCUUAAAAUCAAAAAUCAUUCCCAAUCAGGAGUACUUCUUGCAAGGCUCUGUGUUGGACAGUGCUGUUGAGACGCUGCUUCACAGGCUACGUGGGCUCUGUGACAACAUAGAUACAGGACCAGAGCAGUUCAAUGAUCAUGAGAUGUGUUUUAGCAUUAGAAAAGGACCUCCACCUGAAGUUCCUCUAAGUCUGAGAGUACGGCGUGCUUUGGAUAUGAUUGAUAUGCCUUGGCAGCUCAGGUACAUAGGUCAGCCAGAACUAGGUGACAAAUCUCAGCCUACCAUGGUCCGAAGCAGCUUAGACGUUGCUACUUCUAAUACAGUUGUAGAGUUCCUAACUGGUAUGGGCUUCAAUUUGGACUUCGAGUACAUUAUAAGAGGAUUUAUGUUUCUUAAAGGAAGGAUGAAAGUGACAGUGUCCAAGAUUUUAAAAAUGAACCAAGGAAAAGCGGAUGUCGAGGCUAUAUCUCAAAGCUAUUUGGUAGAACUAAGUGUAUUAGCUCCUAGUGGUCAAAAUGCCAUUGCAGAGGAAAUUAAAAACUUUGCUGAGCAGUUGAAACCACUUGUGCAACUAGAAAAAAUAAAUUAUAGUAGGCAACAUUAA